AUGACUCGAAGUAACAGACUAUACUGUGCAAUCUACAACAAUAGUGUACAAGGUGGAAGUACACUGACACUCAACACGUGGUAUCAUGUUGCUUGUGUCUAUGAUGCCAGUACUCAGACACAAUCUGUGUGGCUCAAUGGAGUCGUGGAUGGCUCCAGUUCGGCGAGUGCCUAUCAGGAUACAUCGGGUACAACAACCAUUGGUGCUAUUUAUAAUUCGAGUAGUACGGUGUGUUUGAACGGUUACAUUGAUCAAGUACGAUAUGAGACCAUAGCAAAAACUGCUUCUGAAAUUUUGGAUGAUGCUACACUAUAUGUUUAUUAUUCUUUCGAUAGUAGUUCUCUGAUUGAUAAUGGUCCUAAUGGUAUUAAUGGAACUUCGUUUGGAAAUUUGAUGUUCACAGCUGGGAGAGUGAAUGAAGCUGCUCAAUUUAGUGCUGGUGCUUAUAUUUCUUACACAUACACUCCAUUUUACUUUUUGGGUAUCCUUAAUCACCCUUUUAGUAUAUCAUUAUGGGCAAAACCGAUGGGAAGCUAUAGAGCAUCUACGUUAGUUUUUGUAGAUAAAGGAGCAAGUUGGUGUAUGCACUUUUUAGUGAUGACUUCUACUGGGCUUUUAAGUGCGAAUUUAUGGAACGGUGGUAAUGUAGGAGUAAACGGUCCCAUACUUCCAUUGAACAGUUGGACGCACAUUGGAUAUACGUACAGUACCACUAAUGGUAUUCAACUGUAUAUAAAUAGUACUUUAUAUGCAACAAGUGGUAGCAUUACUUUUUCAGCCUCUGGCGUUCCAAUGUAUAUGGUAUUGGGUGGCGAUGGUGGUUACACGACCUGUUCUCCAUAUUACGGGGGUAACUUUACUGGCGCUUUGGAUGAAUUUUAUUUGUAUAGCCGUGAACUGUCAGCAUCAGAAAUGCAGACAUUGUCGAAUCCAUAA